AUGGUUCGUAAAACAAUCAGAAGAAGAAUCACCAAAACUGAUCCAAUAGUUGUUAACAUCGAAGUCGAGGAUCUGAUCGAUGAACUGACCGCUGAAAACAACAGACUCGUCAAUGAAUUGUUGUUUACAAACAAAUGUUUAGAUUUAUUAAAUGAAAUCAAAGAUCACAUGGAAUUGAUUCACAAGAAAUAUGAAGACUAUAUUACAGCCAAAGAGUAUAAACAGUGGCAAUCAUUCAAGCAAUCAAUGAUUACAGCCAUUGAUGACCACAACAACAACAACAAUACAAGACAUAAAACUGAAGUCAAAACAAUUGGCAAAGAAAGACAAUUAACUGAUAACAUUAGACAAGCGUUUAAUCAUAUCAUCAUCGGUGGUGUAAAUAAAUCCAACGAUCAGAUCAGUUCAUCACUAGCUGAUCCGUGUACGACAACAACAACUAGUACAACAGUUCACACAGCAGUUCCCAAUUUGAAGACUACAGCUUCUAAUGUCAAGACUGUUAAGACAAUUGCCGUUAAAACAGCAGAAGUAGUGUCAAUAGAUUUAUCACAAAGUGAUGCCGACAUAUCAGAUGAUACCGAUUGUUGUGACGCCGAUGAUGUGGUGGCUGAGGAGGACAGCAUUGGUGACGACGAUGACGACGGUUGUUGGCAACCGGAGGACACGUCAAGUACUGUCAACAAAACAAUCGCCGAUAGACUGAUAAGUAAUACUAUUGAAGAAAGCGAAUCAAUUGAUAAGUCAACGACAAUAGUUAGUCAAAGAAUUGCAGAUCAGAAGACCGCCACCACUGAUGGCGAUCCAAAUUGGCUAUUGUUGGCAAAGAAAGGCAAUUUAGAUCCGAUUAGUGGCCAACAUUUAUGUCCGAAACCCGAUUGCAACAAACACUUCCCAACUCAGCGACAACUAUACAAUCAUUGUUACGAUGUUCACUGCAGACUGAAAAAACAUGUUUGCAAUCAUUUAGACUGCAAUAAGUCGUUUGCAACAAUCAAGCGUUUGAACCGACACUCGGCAUCUCAUCGGCGAAAACAGGAACGAUUGGUCCGACGAUAUGUUUGCCAUUACGACGGCUGCGACAAACAGUAUAUCCAGAGAAAGCAUUUGAGAAGGCAUUUGUUAUCGCAUUCAUCGGACUCGCCGUACGUUUGUCAGGAGCCAGACUGCGGAAAGGCGUUCAAAACCCAAUGCAAACUGAAACUCCAUCAGACUAUACACGCCACCAAUCGGCCAACCUAUCGGUGCCCGGAAUGUGGAAAGUCGUAUCUGUGCGAUAGAACACUGGCCAAUCACCGACGAUUCAAUCAUUCACUGGUCAAUCAGUUGCGCUGCGAUAUCGACGGUUGCGACGAAAUAUUCAAAAAUUAUUCGCAACGAAGAAAACACAAGAUGUCUGUUCAUAAUUUCAAAUACGCACCGAUUAAGGUAACACUAGGCGACUAUCCGUGUCAGUGGCCCGGGUGUGAGUACAAGACAACAAAAAAACCAUUGCUUGCAUUACACACUCGCAUACAUACCGGCGAACGGCCGUACGGUUGCGAUUGGCCUGAAUGUGGCAAACGAUUUCGCAAUAGAGCUGACUUUAGGGAACACUAUAACUAUCAUCUGAAUGUUAAGCCCUAUGGAUGCCAAUGGCCGGGUUGUGAAUACCGGGCCACUUGUUAUGGAAAUAUUGUUAAUCAUACAAAAUGUGUACAUAAAAAACAUACCGAAACCAAACAAAUGGAUAAUACAGUAGAAGAGGUGACCGUCAAAACAACAGCUGAUCCAAACCACAACAUGUCUAACAACAACAAUAAUAUCGAUGUCGACGAUGUAAUCGAUGAACUGAUGGCCGAAAACAAACGACUGGUCAAUGAAUUGUUGUUUGCAAACAAAUGUCUGAAUUUGUUGACCGAACUGAAGGAUCACAUGAAUUUGGUUCACAAGAAAUAUGAAGAACAUAUUCAGGCCGAAGAUAUCAGCCAAUGGCAAACAUUACAGAAAUCGGUGGACACAACUGUCGACGGAUUUACUAUGUGUUCGUUUAGUCACUUGAAGAUCAAUAACGUGAAGACCAGAGAAUUCAAUAGAAAUCUAAGUCAAGACAUUAAGAAAGCAUUUAGUCAUAUCAUCGGCGGUAAUGAUAAUACCAAUAAUAAUAAUAAUAAGACUAAAACUCGGCGAAAGACUUUAUCAUCAUCAUCACCAUCACUACUAUCAAAGAGUAAUAAAGACAAUCAGUAUAUCAACAGUCAAUUGUUGUAUGAAAACCAAACGCUUAACAAAAUGAAAGAUCAGAUGAAUUGGUUGAUCAAGAAAUACGAACCGUUUAUAUUUGCCGAAGAUAUGACUAAAUGGAAACAAUUGCAACAAUCGCUGGACGACAGCAACAAUACGAUAAAAACGACAACUAUUAUCCGAUCAAAAGACGUGGCCAUUAGCCGCUUGACGACACAUAUGGGUAAAGCCGUACGAAAUGCACAAAACUAUCCGUACGUUUGCCGACAACAGGGCUGUGGCCAACGAUUCAAAUUGAAGAUUGCAUUGCAUGUACACUACGGCAAGUUUCAUAAGAACGGCGAGUAUGUGUGCGACGUAUGUCAGAAACGGUUUACAGAAAUCAACAAAUGGACAAAACAUUUGGCCACUCAUGAGCUGCGAAAGAAGACGUUCAAGUGUUCUGAAUGUGACAAAUAUUUGUCGAGCAGAAUGAUACUGAAGAAACAUCUGGAAAAGAUGCACUUUAUGAUCACCACUGGUGGUGGUGGUGGUGUUGGCGUCGCUGAUGGUUGUAGUGGUGAUGACCAACAAACCGGCGGAGGCGGCGGUGGUGAUACAUCACUGUCCAUGGAUGUCAUCGAAUCCAAUGACGAAAUGACCGAAUUCAGACGCAAAUACUUUGAUAAGCAAACCAAACAGUUUAUAUGUCCCGAUUCCGGCUGCCGAUUGCCGUACAAUAACGCUACCGCUCUCUACAAUCAUAUGAAAGAAGUUCACGGCAAACAAGGUUUAGCCGAUUGUUUAGUACAAAGUGAUGGCGGCAACAGUGGCGUUGGUGGCGGAGGCGGCGAUCAAGUGUUUGGCAGCGCCGCAGCCGAUAAUUCUGAAGCCGAUCGGCAACUGUUACUACUGAUGAAACAAAAUCGUUUCGAUGAGACUACGCAACGAUUUGUUUGUCCCUAUCCCGGCUGUGACAGUAAUUUCGGUACAAAUAAAUACUAUGAACAGCACUUCAUUCGGAUGCACUAUCGACCGGAUCGCAAACCGUUUGUUUGUCCCGAACCCGAUUGCGGUAAGGGAUUCAAGACAAAAGUUAUGCUCCGACGACAUCGGGUAACACACGAUGCCAAUCGUAAGCGAGACCACCAAUGCUCGGAAUGCGACAAAUCAUACUUUACUAGAGCCGAACUAACACUUCAUACAAAUUUCAGACAUCUAAACAAAAAGAUGAUCCGAUGCGGUAUCGAUGGUUGCGAUCACCGAUUCUAUAACUUUGACCAGCGAUCUACUCAUCGAAAAUCUGUACACAAUAUGAAUUACGCCAAAAAGUAUAUACCCGAUAAACACCAGUGCCAGUGGCCCGGUUGCGACUACAAGUGUUCGUCCACUGGCGAUCUGAGAGACCAUACCCGUAUCCAUACUGGUGAACGGCCGUACGAGUGCGAGUGGACAGACUGUGAACAACGAUUUGCACGGAAAGCUGAUCUCAAACGACACGUUACGUGUCAUAAAAAUCUAAAACCAUUUGUCUGCCAGUGGCCCGGCUGUCAAUAUCGGGGCAAUUGUAGUGCCAAUCUGUAUGCACACAAAAAGAUACAUCAAAGACAACAACAACAGGAGCAACAACAACAACAAUCAGAAGCUGAUACUACAAUACCGACGGCUGAUUAUUAUUUGAAAACAAUUCACACGAAAUACGAGACAAUGAUUGCCGACGAAGACAUCAAACAGUGGCAGACAUUACAACAAUCAAUGGAUACAACUGUCGAGGAAUACAAUAGUAAUUAUAGUCUGAGAGUUAUUAAACUGAAGAAAGAGAUUCAUUUAAAUAAGGAAUCAACUGAUGGCAAACAAUCCGGAAAUAAUAAUAACAACAUUGAUGUCAAUGAAGAAGACAUCAGUCAAUUGCCAGCACAACCUCUGUGUCAGACAACUGUCACCACUAGUAUUCAAGAGCCAGAAGCAGAUUCUAACGUCGAGACUAGUAGUAAUACAAGUAAUCAACAUAAGAAAUCAUUGUCCAAUAUUUGCGAAUCCGAUAGCAAACUAUUGUUAUUGUUGAAGAACUGUACGAUCGAUGAUAAAACCCAACGAUUUUUGUGUCCAAUUACUGACUGCGACCGAAGUUACCGAACUAAACACAUUCUUCAGAAACACUUUCGCUAUAAUCACUACAAAUCACACACCAAACGGUUUAGUUGUUCGCAUCCCGAUUGCAAUUAUCGUACAAAUAGACGAGAUUUAUAUAAUAUACAUAUAGAGAUACACAAUGUCAACCGUACGAAAAACUACCAGUGCUUAGAAUGCGACAAAUCAUACCUAAGUAAAUCCAAUCUAACCAAACAUAUACAUACUAAACACUUAAAGAAAAAGUUUAAAUGUGGUAUAAAUGGUUGUACGACAAUGUUUACCACUUGCCAUAGUCGGAUACUUCAUCGAGAAUCAGUACAUCAUAUGAAAUAUGCCGACCGCACUAAGCAGGCCAAGUAUAUAUGUCAAUGGCCCGGUUGCGACUAUCGUAGUACAUCAGAUACCAAUCUUAGGGAUCACAUCCGCAAGCACACGGGUGAACGGCCGUACCGGUGCGAGUGGCCAGACUGUCAACAACGAUUUGCACGCAAAACUGGUCUCAAACGACACGUUAUAUGUCAUCAAAAUCUCAAGCCAUAUGUAUGUCAAUGGCCCGGUUGUGACUAUCGGGGCAAUUGUCAUAGCAAUUAUUAUGCACACAAAAAGAUACAUCAAAGACAAUAAUAACAACA